AUGACAGCAACUUCACUUUCAUCUACUUUGGCUCUUGUUUUACUGGUUCUUUACAUCUCCUCUCUCUUAGAGGCUAUCAAUGGAGGGUUCAGUGUGGAGAUCAUCCACCGUGACUCAACAAAAUCACCAUUCUAUCGUCCCACAGUAACUCAGUUCCAACGAGUUGUGAAUGCUGUGCGUCGCUCCAUUAAUCGUGCUAACCAUUUCAACAGAACUUUUGUCUCUCCAAACACAGCUGAGGCCACUGUAACACCAGAACUAGGUGACUACAUCAUGAGCUAUUCAGCUGGAACCCCACCAUUCCAAGUUUAUGGUAUUGUUGACACAGGAAGUGACAUAGUUUGGCUGCAGUGUCAUCCUUGUAAAACUUGUUACAACCAAAUCACUCCAAUUUUUAAUCCUUCAAAAUCCAAUACCUUCAAAACCCUUCCUUAUUCUUCUGCUACAUGCAAAUUAGUGCCGGGUACCUCUUGCUCUUCACAUAAAGGGGGAAUUUGUGAAUAUAGUAUUAGCUAUGCGGAUGGGACAUACUCACAAGGAGAUCUUAUUGGGGAGACACUCACUUUAGGCUCCACCAAUGGCUCUUCUGUCCAACUUCCUAGAACUGUGAUAGGAUGUGGACGUGACAAUAGGUUUUCCUCUGAAGAGAAAAGUUCUGGCAUAGUUGGUUUAGGACUCGGACCUUUGUCUCUAAUAUCACAAUUGAGUUCUUCAAUAGGUGGAAACUUUUCCUAUUGUCUUUCACCAACAGAUAACCUACCUAGCAAAAUCAGUUUUGGAGCUGCUUCUAUGGUUUCUGGGAAUGGCACUGUUUCGACCCCAUUAGGCCAUCAUCAUCGAGAAACACAUUACUACCUAACCCUGGAAGCAUUCAGUGUUGGAAACAACAGAAUAAAGUUCGGAAACUCCUCAUCAGAAUCUGAUGGAGAGGGAAACAUCAUAAUUGACUCAGGAACAACUCUCACUCUUUUGCCAGAUGAUGUUUAUUCAAAUUUGGAAUCAGCAGUGGCAGAUGAAGUUAAGCUAAAGCGAGCUAAGGAUCCACUGGAACAGUUGACCCUUUGCUAUGAAGGGAAAUUUCAUGAACAACAUGCACCAGUUAUCACAGCACAUUUUAGUGGUGAUGCAGAUGUGAAGUUAAAUGUUGAGAACUCCUUUAUUGAUGCGGGUGAUGGGGUAGUAUGCUUUGCUUUCCUAUCAAGUAAAACUUUUUCCAUCUUUGGAAACUUGGCUCAGAGAAACCUCUUGGUUGGCUACGACCUCCAAAAGAAAAUGGUCUCCUUUAAGCCCACAGAUUGUACUAAACAGUGA